AUGCUCUGGUUGCUGCUAUGCUUUGCCAUGUGGGCGGGGCCUAAGGAAGCCCUCACUACCCAAUCCAAUGAGCGGCGAGUUGUUGCCCACAUUCCCGGUGAUAUCAUCAUUGGAGCGCUGUUCUCCGUGCACCACCAACCCCCUGCGGACAAGGUGCACGAGCGCAAAUGCGGUGCGGUGCGCGAGCAGUACGGCAUCCAGCGUGUGGAGGCCAUGAUGCACACGUUGGACCGCAUCAACGCCGACCCCCGCAUCCUGCCCAACAUCACGCUGGGCUGCGAGAUCCGCGACUCCUGCUGGCACUCGGCCGUGGCCCUGGAGCAGAGCAUCGAGUUCAUCCGCGACUCCCUGGUCUCCUCCGACGAGGCCGACGAGUGGGGGGCCGGGGGGGUUCACGGUGGAGGAGGAGGAGGCGGUGGGGGCGCAGGAGGAGGAGGAGCUCCCAGGUGUGCGGACCCGGCGGCCACGCCCAUGAGGGGGAAGAAGCCCAUCGUGGGUCUGAUCGGACCGGGGUCCAGCUCGGUGGCCAUCCAGGUGCAGAACCUCCUGCAGCUGUUCAACAUCCCGCAGAUCGCCUACUCCGCCACCAGCAUGGACCUCAGCGACAAGAGCCUGUUCAAGUAUUUCAUGAGGGUGGUGCCCUCAGACGCUCAGCAGGCCAGAGCCAUGGUUGACAUUGUAAAGAGAUACAACUGGAGCUACGUGUCCGCCAUACAUACUGAAGGUAACUACGGCGAAAGUGGGAUGGAAGCUUUCAAGGACAUGGCAGCCAAAGAAGGAAUCUGUAUUGCACAUUCUGGUAAGAUCUGGAGCAACGCCGGGGAGCACAGCUUCGACCGGCUGCUGGAGCGGUUGCGGGCCCACCUGCCCAAGGCCCGGGUGGUGGCCUGCUUUUGCGAGGGCAUGACCGUCCGCAACAUCCUCAUGGCCAUGCGGCGGAAGGGCCUUGUGGGGGAGUUCCUUCUGAUCGGCAGCGACGGCUGGGCCGACCGCUACGACGUGACGGACGGCUACGUCCGCGAGGCGGCGGGGGGCAUCACCAUCAAGCUCCAGUCGGCGGACGUCAAGUGGUUCGACGACUACUACCUGAAGCUGCGGCCGGACAACAACCACCGCAACCCCUGGUUCCCCGAGUUCUGGCAGCACCGCUUCCACUGCCGGCUCAAGGGACACCCCCAGGAGAACCCCAAGUACAACCGCACCUGUAGCAAGCGCGAGUCUCUUCGCCAGCAGUAUGCCCAGGACACUAAGAUGGGGUUUGUGAUAAACGCCAUCUACUCCAUGGCGUACGGCCUGCAUAACAUGCAGCAAGCCCUCUGCCCCGGUUACCAGGGCCUCUGCGAUGCGAUGCGACCCAUCGACGGAGCCACACUGCUGGAUUUCCUCAUGAAAACCAACUUCACAGGCGUGUCCGGGGAGGGGAUCCUGUUCGACGCCAACGGAGAUUCCCCUGGCAGGUAUGAGAUCAUGAAUUUCAAGAAGAUGGGCAAGGACUACUACGACUACAUCAAUAUCGGCACCUGGGACCGCAGGGGCUUGAGGAUAGACGACGACGAGGUCUGGGCCAGCAAGGACGCCAUCCUGAAGUCUGUGUGCAGUGAGCCCUGUGAUAAAGGACAGAUUAAGGUGAUCCGUAAGGGCGAGGUGAGCUGCUGCUGGACCUGCACCCCCUGUAAGGAGAACGAGUUUGUGUUCGACGAGUACACCUGCCGCGCCUGUGAACUUGGCUCCUGGCCCACCGACGACCUCACAGGCUGUGACCCAAUCCCAGUGGAGUAUCUGCGCUGGGGGGAUCCUGAGCCAAUCGCUGCCGUUGUCUUCGCCUGUCUGGGCCUCAUGUUCACAUUCUUUGUGACGGCUGUCUUCAUCAGGUUCAGAGACACCCCGGUGGUGAAGUCCUCCAGCCGGGAGCUUUGCUACAUCAUCCUGGCUGGGAUCUGUCUGGGCUAUCUGUGCACCUUCACACUCAUCGCCAAGCCCCACGUCAUGCACUGCUACCUGCAGCGGCUGGGCAUCGGCCUGUCCCCCGCCAUGAGCUACUCUGCCCUGGUCACCAAGACCAACCGCAUCGCGCGGAUCCUGGCCGGCAGCAAGAAGAAGAUCUGCACCAAGAAGCCGCGCUUCAUGUCGGCCUGCGCCCAGCUCAUCAUCGCCUUCCUCCUCAUCCUGCUGCAGCUGGGUAUCAUCGUGGCUCUGUUCCUCAUGGAGCCCCCGCAGGUGAUCCACGACUACCCCAGCAUCCACCAGGUCAACCUGAUCUGCAACACCACCAACCUGGGGGUGGUGGCGCCGCUGGGCUACAACGGCCUGCUCAUCCUCAGCUGCACCUUCUACGCCUUCAAGACCCGCAACGUUCCGGCCAACUUCAACGAGGCCAAGUACAUCGCCUUCACUAUGUACACCACCUGCAUCAUCUGGCUGGCCUUCGUGCCCAUCUACUUCGGCUCCAACUACAAGAUCAUCACCAUGUGCUUCAGCGUCAGCCUCAGUGCCACCGUGGCGCUCUGCUGCAUGUUUGUGCCCAAGGUGUACAUCAUCCUGGCCAAGCCGGAGCGCAAUGUGCGCAGUGCCUUCACCACCAGCACCGUGGUGCGCAUGCACGUGGGCGACGGCAAGUCCUCCUCGGCCGCCAGCCGCUCCUCCAGCCUGAUCAACCUGUGGAAGAGGAGGGGCUCCGCCGGAGAGACGCUGAGCUCCAACGGUAAGUCGGUGUCCUGGGCCCAGACGGAGCGCAGCAGCUCCCGGGGGAACCACCUGUGGCAGCGGCUCUCCUUCCACAUCAAGCGCAAGGAGAGCAACCAGACGGCCGUGAUCAAGCCCUUCACCAAGAGCUCGGAGGGCCGCUACUGCGGCGCCGGGGACCUGCCCCCCCACGUGCCCCUGCCCUCCAUGCCCUCCAUGCCCUCCUUCUCCAUGCACACCGACCCGGGCACCGACAAGACCCUGUACGACCUGUCGGAGGACGAGGAGCGCUACCCCAUCGCCUACCGCUCGCAGACGCCCUCGCCCAUCAGCACCGUCAGCCAGCGGCUGGGGGCGGGGCUGGGGGAGGAGCCCCCGGUGUUGAUCGUGCCUCAGUACGGCGGCGUGCCCGUGGUGGGCGGGGUUGUAGGCGGCGUGGUGGGGUGCGUGCCCGGGGGCGUGGCAUGCGUCUCGGUAGGCGGGCCGGCGGUCGCCAGGGGCGACUGUCACGUGGUCGCCGGCGCCGCCGUCGUCCACCCGGGCCAGAGCACCCUGAUGGACCAGAUCAGCUGCGUGGUGAACCGCUUCACCGCCAACAUCUCGGAGCUCAACAGCAUGAUGCUGACCGCCUCGCCCACCCACUCGCACGCGCACACACCCAACGCCACCGCCGCCGCCGACCCCUACCUCCCCCCCGACCCCUACCUCCCCCCCGACCCGUACCACCCCGCCGACCCGUACCACCCCGCCGACCCCUACCACCCAGCCGACCCGUACCUGCUGCCCCGCGACCUCCAGAUGCCCCCCACCCUCAUCGCCUACGCUGACAUCCAGCCCCUCCCCCCCGUGGAGUCCGGCCGCGGCGGCCUCCCCCUCCACAUCCCCCCUCCCCCGCCCCACUCGCCGUACCCGCCCCCUUACCCCGUGCACCAGCACCACCACCACUGUCUCCCGCUGGCCUCCCCCCGGUCCCGCUCCCCCAUGCGGGGGCUGGGCGGCCCCCCGUCCCCCUGCUCCGCCGACUCGCCGCUGCGGCGGGCCGAGCUGGAGGAGGAGCUGAUGAUGGCGCUGACCCCGCCCUCCCCGUUCCGGGACUCCCUGGCUUCCAGCAGCGGCUCCCCCGUCUCGGAGCUGGGCAUGUAUCUCCCGCCGGCGCCCUCCCACCCGCCGCCGUCGCCGCCCUCCCCCCGCUACAGCAGACUGAGCCUGCGGAACUACAGCCAGAGCUCGUCCUCGCUGUGA